AUGGCCAAGACAGGUUAUGUCGGACUGUCGGUCGACCAGUGGGAGCACUGGCUCUGGAACCCAGUUCCCGACGUCCAGGCCUAUUUCUCCCCAUCGGUCGCUGUCUAUAAGGCUAUCGCUGGUGUCGGUCGCAGGUGCCUUGCUGCUGAUGCAAUACCAGCUUUCCGACACGGAUCCCAUUCCGGGGCCGAUGUACCAACGGUCGAAGCACAAGGAGCAGGCCCAUCGUGUUUCGGCUGGGGCACAAUCAUGUGUGUUACUGAUAACGCCGGUCGGGAAGAUGAGGUCAAACUUCUGUUGACCCGGUUCGUGGUCGUGCUGGAAGUGCAGGUCGAUGAGUUCCAACUGGCUAUGGAACAAGGGUCGGUCAGACCAUGCACCAACGACGGCUUCGUCGUGAGGAACCUCGACUUGUCGGUCGAGAAGCACCUCAAAGUCACACGCAUGGACGCCCGCCUCGAGGUGGAGGCGUUGCCAAGUGACGUGCCGGUCGACAAGCCUGCUUUCGUGUUCUACAAGAUCUCCGAUGAUGUGACGGAGCUGUCGGUCGUGAAGAAGCUGCUGGCCAACAGCAUCAACAAGCCCCGAGGGCAAAAGCGGCCUUCCUCCACAGUCGGUCGGGGUGGCACUGGAUAUAUGUAUUUCAGUAACCCGACGAAGGCUGCGCUGAUGUGUUGGCUGGCAGGUGGCGGCACGGCGGUCGAUGUGCGGCUGAGCUACUAUGGAGUGGGCAUGCUUCCAGCUGGACUCCUUCACUAUGAUGAAAGCAUGUCGCCGGACUACUACUACGCGCCGACGCUUCCCCAGAUGGGCGUUGAGUCGGUCGCCGCGGAGUACAAGGUCAUGGUUCAGUUCAGCAACAAGGUGCCGGUCGGUGACUUCGUGAAGUUAAAGAACCUCGAGACGCUGAAAGAAUACAUGUACCAGAACGAUAAAGAGUUGGAGGAGCUGAACAGUCGGUCGUCAACUCUGCUCGCGAUACAGAAGAAGCUGGUCGCAGAAAUGGAUGAGAUGCUCGCCAAAGAGUCGGUCGUGGAUCUGGCGGGCAAGACAACGGUGUCGGUCGAGGAUCUGGCGGGCAAGACAAAGCAGCCACUCGUCAUGGAGUCGGUCGAGGAAGAUGUUGCAGGCAAGACAAAGCAGCCGCUCGUCAUGGACCAGGUCGCUGAGUCUAGCUGA